AUGAGUCUCCCGCCGCUGUCAGUGGGACAGAAGAUUGAACUCAACGACAAGCGCAUCGGGAGGGUUCGAUUCGUGGGCGCCACGGCCUUUCAGACGGGCGAUUGGGUGGGCGUGGAAUUGGAAGAGGCUUCGGGGAAGAAUGAUGGGUCGGUGCAGGGACAGCGAUAUUUUGAUUGCGCGGCCAAUCAUGGGAUCUUUUGUCGGCCGUCGGGGAUUAGUUUGGUGUUGGAGGAGGCCAAGCCUCGGACGGGGAGAGGAGGGAAUGGGAGUGUGCAGAAUGGGGUGAAUGGGGGGAGAAGACAGACAACAACACAGGCCGAUCGACGAGGCAGUGCCCUUCCUGGCACACCGACUCCAGCAACGAGAGGGGGCGGCGGAAUGCGAUCGCCUACCAAAUCGCCCACCAAGCAGUUGGGUUUGGGUCUGAAGGGCAUUUCCAACACUUCCGCCUCCACUUCCCGUACUUCCACCCCUCCUGCUGCUCCUCAAAGCAAAACAUCUCGAACUCGAACGGGAGCUGCGGUCAAGCCACGGCCGAGUCUUGCUCCGGCUGCGGGUCGAAGAACUUCUGCUCUCCCUCCUCCAUCAAGUGCGCGACCAUCAAUAGCAGCAAGGACACCGACAGCAAGAAAUCCCCCCGCUCCACCUCCCACCCGAACUGCACCAACCGUCCGAUCCAACCUUCGCCAACGUCYCAGUGCCGCUCAUGGGAGCUCUGCGGGGGAUGAGGCAAGCGAUGGGGCGGAUCUGGAUUCCCUCCGCGAGAGCAGUAGUGCGCCCAGCGAGGAUGGAACCGAGAACCAUGAAGAGGAAGCACCUCAUCCCAACUUUGCCCCUCCUCCACCAAUUCCACCCGAGCCCACGGAACGUCUCACGCGAUCWCGAAGACCUUCCUCCCCCGGUGCUGCAUCCAUGCACUCGCAACGCACCAUUCGGAGUACCGCUGCAUCCAACCGACAGAUUGAAGAGCUGGAAGKCAAGCUGCGGCUGUUGGAGAGGAAACGAAUGGAGGAUCGGGAAUUGAGAGAACAGCUCGAAAAGGCCACAUCGGAGCGGGAUCGCUUCWAGGGCAUCAUCGACAAACUGCAGGCCAAGUACCAUCCGCAACAACAGGAAUUGGAGAAGUUGAGGCGAGAGCUCGUGGAAUAUGAGGAGAGAUUUGCAUCCAUUGAGAAUAUGCAGGCUGAUCAUGAGAUUGCCAUGGAGUCGGCCGUGCUGGAUCGUGAGGUUGCCGAGGAGACUGCUGAAGGAUACAAGGCCGAUCUUGAAGCUGUCCGAGCGAGGAAUGAGGAGUUGGAAUUGGAGUUGGAACUGGCGCGGGAUGAGAAGACCGAACUCGGCAGGGAGAUGAGUCCGGAGGAGCGUGCAAGCACUGGAUGGCUGCAGUUGGAGAGGAUGAAUGAGCGGUUAAAGGACGCCUUGAUCAGUCUACGGGAUAUUUCACAAGACAAGGAGGCUGCUUUGAAGGAACAGAUUGGUGGGCUUGAAAGGGAGGUUGAUGGGAUUGACGGAUUGAAGAAGCAAUUCGAAGAGACCAAAGAGAAGCUCCUACGAAGCGAAGCCGAUACCAACGAUCUUCGUCAACAGCUGGAAGCCGCCAUGGAUGCCGAGAGUAUUAUUGAGAGUCUGGAAGAGGACAACACUUCCAUGCGAAAUAAGCUCAAUGAACUUCGCGCGGCCAUUGAAGAUCUGGAAGCACUCCGCGAGCUCAACGACGAGCUCGAGAUUAACCAUGUCGAGGCGGAGAAGCAACUACAAGAAGAACUGGACUUUAAAGACAGCCUACUCCAAGACCGCGAACGUACUGCCAAAGAGCAACAAAAGGCAUUGGAUGAGGCCGACUACAACAUCAGUCGCUUUAGAGAAUAUGUCACCACCUUACAAAGCGACCUGCAAGACCUCCAAGCCAGCAAGCAAAUCACCGAGACGGAGGCCUCCCAAUUAUCCAACAAGUCUCGAGCGAUGAUGGAUCUUAACAUGAAACUGCACGCGAGUGCUGCCAAGACYCAAGUCAAAGCUAUUGAUCUGGAACUUCGAAAACUGGAUGCCGAGCAAGCGUCGGAGCAUCUCGCCAUCGUUCAGCUCUUCCUCCCAGAGACAUUCCAAACCGAGCGGGACAGUGUACUGGCAUUGCUACGCUUCCGACGCAUCGCAUUCAAGGCGAAUCUGGUGCAAAACUUUGUCAAAGAACGCAUCACCUCCUUUGGCACGCGAGGUCAAGAAGAAGAUGUCUUCGCUGCUUGUAAUGCUCUGGAUAAGUUGACGUGGAUCGCGGGAAUGUCGGACCGUCUGGUCAACUCCAUCAGUAGCUGCAGCGCCGAAGCGUUUGCACAAUAUGGAGGCGCUUUGUAUGAGUUGGAGGUGGUGGAGCGGACGUUGAAUGAUUACGUCGACGCACUUCGACGGGAUGAGUUGCAAGAAGGUGACAUGUCGGUCCGCUUGGGUCGAUCCAUCGAAGUUAUGACACAUCUAUCCAGCCUGCAUCUGCAUAAUGGGCCGGCAGACUUUGCUGAUGAGUUGAUUAUGAAGACCAAUCUCUUGCAGAGUCAGCUGGAGAGCGCUACUUCCGCUUUGACUGUCACCAAGACAUUGCUGGAGAGCAACCUUUCAACAUCGGCAGAUGAUUCUGAAGAUGGAGAAGAUGGGGAAGAUGAGGAAGACUCGGCGUCUGAUUCUCUCCUCAUCAUCAACCGACUCAAGAUUAUCAUUGAGCAGGUUAGAAACGCCAAGGUGGUGUCGGGCAAGACAUCUCGGGCUCUGUCUGAUCUGCAGGCCAGCUCCUUGACACUGAACAGCACACUCAUGGAUCAAUUUGAGGCCGUGGAACAAGUUUCCUCCACCAUUGUAGCAUAUGCUUGCAGGACUGGAGCGAGUCUACAGGCCAUCUUCAAUGAAGAGGGACGUUCCAACCCAGUCUCACCUUCCGAAGUGGCAGCAAGUCUUUCACAAGCUGCUACGAGCAUCUUCUCGUUAUCUGCACAAGAAGCUGGACCAUAUUCCUCAUUGGCAGCCAAACUGCGUGACGUCGUCAAUCUUCUGGCCGAUCUUGCAAUGCUGCCAACCGAUCUAGRCAACACAGUCGAGUUUGAAAGAGCACCUCAACCAUGGGUUGCCCGAGCUGAUGAAUUGAAGCGCACCAAGAUCACUUCCGUCGAUACGGAAGCCGAACUUGCCCGCGCACUCGAGGCCGUCCAAGAACGCGACAGUCUGGUCAAGCGCAAGGAAAAGGAACUCGAAGAGCACAGCGUCCGCAUUGAAAUGCUCGAGGCGCGCAUGAAAGACGCCAGCAAGCGCUCCGCCAAAAUCGCCGAGCUCGAGCGCAGUCUACGAGAGGCCCGUGACAACGAAGCCAAGACUCAAAAGGAAUUCGCCAAUCUCCACCAUGAAGCGCAGCAAGAGAUUGAACGUGCUCGGCAGGAAAUGGCUCGAUUGGGAGCCGAGCGCAAAGCAAGUGGAAGUGUAGGAGGAGCGGGAGGAAUCGACCACGAUGCCAUGGGAGCCGCCACACAAUCUCGCAUUGAACGCGAUCAACAGCGAUUGAAGGGAAUGAGCUCCGCUUUGAGACAUGUCCAUGACACAAAUCUCCGAUUACAGCUCCCUGCUCCGGACGCACCUCUCCGUGUCCUUGCGAAGCAGGAAUGGUUGUUUGAACCUCUGCACAACAACCAUGAAUCCAGCACAAAAUCUCACCGACACGCGGAAUUAAUGAUGAAUGGUAGUAAGAUUAUGGAGAGAUUGUUGGAUUUCGCGACGGGGAAACCUGUGGUUGAUUUUACGAAGUUGGAGCACAAGGGGGGGAAUAAUCGACUUGCUUGGAGGCCUGUGAGGGAGUGUAGUCGGGUGCAAGUUGAGGGGAGGAGGGAGGAGUGGGUUGCUUGUUGGAGAGGGGUUAAAGGAGGUGGGGGAUUGGGGGUUUUGGUUUGA